CUCCCUUCUUUGCUGGAGGAGCCAACUUCAAACACCUCUCCACCUGCCCCCCAGCUCUCACCAGGGAGGCCUCAUCAGCCGAUAGAGGACCUGGUGUGGCUGUCAGUUGCCUACUUCGUCUGCAACCCAAAGACCUGAGGACCCCAGGAUCAUGUGUGUGGCCUGCUAGAGGGAAUAAGGGAAGGCCAGACCCUGAGAGGCCUAUGGUGCCCCUCAAGCCCACUGUCUAUCUACUACCACUGCUGCUGGCAUUUCUUGAGUCUGCUCUGGGCUGGGCUGGGUCCCAGUCCUGCAGUGUCCAGGAGGUACUCCGCCACUACCAAGCUGUCAUCUUCCAGGACUUGCAGGUUGCCAUGCAAUGGGCUGGGAUGGGAGCCCAGCGUACAGAGCCUGGGUCCCGACACCACCACUUUGUUCAGAAAAACCUGACUGGAGCUGGUGGAGGUCAGGGACAGCCAGGGGCCUCCUGUGAUGCCCAGAAGGAGCAUAGCAUCCUAUUGUCUAUCGAGUCCCUGGGUCAGACCCUUCUUGGGAGCAUGGCUGGAGUUCCCCACAACGCCUUAGAGAAAGCAGCAUGGACUGUGGCGAUACGCACCAAGGCAGUGAUGCACAGACACUGCCGAAUAUCUAGUAGGCAGAUCCUGCAGUCGAAGAAGCGUCCAGUACAGCAGCGCCCCAGCCGGAGGCGGCUCCUGCUACGUGCCCUGUACGCUGUCGCCACCUGCUGGGAGAAGCUCUUUGCGCUGAGUGCCGUGGCCACCAGUGAAUUGUAGCACUGCCCCUGUUCUUAUUCCCAUCCCUCACAGAAGACUGGAAACAAACUUUGGUUCAUGUUUUGACAGUGCCCCCUCUCUCAACUCAGAUUGCCUACCCUCAAAGGCCCAGGAUAUGGAGAAGAGAGCACCCUCCUUCAUGGCCAUUCUUCCACACACCCAGUGAGCCCCCAAUAAAUGGAGCUAGUGAUGUGGCCUGA